AUGGAUCAGGAUCCUUUUCCAAUUGAUGCAAUCCAGGAAAAUUAUGUCCGUAAUGUGAGAAACUGCAUUUUUUCAAUUGCCUAUCCUACACCUUUUAAAUCUAGAGUUCACCUUGUAGCUGUUUCAAAGGACGUUCUUGAAAAUAUUUUGGAUCUUGAUAUAUCUGUCAAAGGAACAUCUGAUUUUCUUCAGUUCGUCAGUGGUGGGAAAGUGAUACUUGGGUCUAUUCCAUUGGCCCAUAGAUAUGGGGGUCAUCAGUUUGGUAGCUGGGCGGGUCAGUUGGGUGAUGGAAGAGCCCACUUGAUCGGAGUAUAUACAAACAGGCAUGGUGAGAGGUGGGAACUACAGUUAAAAGGGUCAGGAAAGACCCCAUACUCCAGGAACGGCGAUGGAAGAGCUGUGCUUCGCUCUUCUGUGCGAGAAUUUUUGUGUAGUGAGGCCAUGCACUAUCUUGGAAUUCCUACAAGCAGAGCUGCUAGCUUAGUUGUAAGUGAUGAUGAUGUGUGGAGAGACCAGUUUUACAAUGGAAAUAUUAAGAAAGAAAGAGGUGCGAUAGUACUACGUCUCGCCAAAUCAUGGUUUCGUAUAGGAUCCUUAGAAAUCUUAGCUCAUUCUGGGGAACUGGACUUACAAAGAAGAUUGCUAGACUUUCUCAUCCAGGAACAUUUUCCAUCAAUAGCCAUGAAUGAUUCAAAUAGGUAUCUGGAAUUUUUCUCUACAGUCGUAUCAGAGACUGCAAAUCUGAUUGCAUUGUGGAUGUCUGUGGGGUUUGCACAUGGCGUGUGCAAUACAGAUAACUUCAGUUUAUUAUCCAUAACAAUAGAUUAUGGUCCAUUUGGAUUUAUGGAUUCCUAUGACCCAAAUUUUGUUCCAAACACAUCUGAUGAUGAAAGGAGGUAUAAAAUAGGAAACCAGGCAAAUGUUGGGCUGUUUAAUCUGAGCAAGCUGUUACAAGCUCUAAAACCUUUAUUGGAUCCCAGGCAAAAGCAGCUAGCUUCCCAGAUUUUGGAGGGAUAUGGUGAGCGCUAUUACAUCCGUUUCACAGAACUAUUCAAAACAAAAUUGGGUCUUCUUGGGGAGAAUGAAGAUGACAACUAUUUGAUUGCUUUCCUCCUAAAACUUAUGGAAGAUACAAAGGCUGAUUUUACAAUGACAUUUCGACAGCUCAGUGAAAUUACUGAGGACCAGUUAAAGGAGCUCCAUAUUCCUGAGGAGUUUUGGGCUCUCCAGGAUCUGGGUAAACACAAGUUAUUUUCAGAAUGGGUUACUAUGUACCUCUUGAGAUUAAAUCGUAACACGGGUGAUUCAGACACCAAGAGAAGAACACGAAUGACAACUGUUAAUCCUAGAUACGUCCUUAGGAAUUGGAUGGCAGAAUCAGCAGUGCAAAAAGCUAAUUUGAAUGAUUUCUCAGAGGUUCGUCUUCUACAGCAGAUUUUACAACGUCCCUUUCAGAGACAGCAGGCUGCAGAGAAAGCAGGCUACUCCCUUCGCCCCCCAGCUUGGGCCAAGGACCUCAAAGUAAGCUGUUCAUCCUGA